CUUGCCGGUGCCCCUCACUCCCGACUGCAGCCCCCUGCCAGCCCAGCCCCGGGCUCCCGCCCCCAACAGCCUUGCCGGUGCCCCUCACUCCCGACCCGCAGCCCCCUGCCAGCCCAGCCCAGGACCCAUCCUGAGCUAUGGAUGGCGAUGAACCUGCCCCCUUUGCCUCCGCUGUCCUGGGGGGAGUCGCCUGAGGGCACCCAUCCGAGUCACUGGCGCUCCCGGGUCCCAGCGGGCGCCAGAAGUGUGACACCCCAACACACUGGUCCCUCCCCCUCCUCUCUCUCCUUCACACCGCGCCCCGUGGCCUUUCCCCUCCGCCCGGCACGGCCCAGAGACCACGUGAAGGCUGCCGGAGGUAUAACAACCACAGCCCCGGUAUCGCAGCCUUGGCUCCUUCGUCAUCGCCUUCCCACUCACCCUCGUCCUCGCCAGAGAUCUCCCUGCCGCCGCUUCUCCCUCCCCAGAGUCUUUCUGGGCUCCCGCUUGCAGGGGAGGCGAUGCUGGAACGUGCCCAGAUGCCAGAGAGAGCAGAGGACCUGAAAUGCGGGUUGCCAUUGCUCAGUGACUAAGCCUGGGGAUGAUUCUGCCUCCCCGGAUGACUCGCUGAGCGGAUUGAAACCAGCGCUGGGUUUGUUUUGAAGACCGGCAGCCCCGUUUGGAAAUAUGGGCUUGCAGGUGGGAGGGGUGGAGGGGUGUUAAACCCAGUGGGGCUCCUGGGCCCUGAUCCAAGCACCCAUUGGAAAGGCUCCCUCGGGCUCGGCUGGGGAGCAAGCGCCCCGGAGCUAGGCCCAUGGAGGGGUCAGGAGGGGGCCGUUAACCCUCUCCAAGCGCUCUUUAGAGACUGAUGCGCCAAGGGGGACGCCAGGGAGUUUCAGCGGAGAAGGUGGCUCUCAGGGAUACACGGGCCAUGGAGCCAGGACUCAGCUGGGGUCCUGUCCAGGGCAAGGCUGAGGGGCGUUGGCUCUGUGUCGGGGGGAGCUCCCGCUCCAACGACCAACAAAGGACUCCGGUCUCCAGAGACGUCCAUCCCCUAUUUGAUGUUUGUGCCUCAAGGCCCAUGGCACCCCAGGAAGAGCUAGGCCCCGCCCUGAGGCGCUCCCAGGCUGAAUAGCCAAUGCCUAGGACCGGAGAGGGUCAGGCUGGGUCCGAUCCUACGAGCCCGUUAUCCCGCCCGUGGGCAGUGGUAGCACCACAUGGAAUCACUGUCCUCCGGAAGCAGGAGAGGUGCGUUGAGGAAAACCGCCCCGCAGCGAUGUACCCCAACACAGCUCGCGCGCCCGCUGUGUCUCUCUUGUUAACCAGGGGACAGGCCCCUGCUUUGCAGAGACACCUAGAGGCUGAAAGGGGUAAUGCGAGUGAGAGUAACACUGCAGCAGGCAGGGGGGGCAACACCCCCCUCACAAUGCGCCCCCCCCCCCCCCCGUUACAAAGUUGUCUCCUGCUUACUCCCCUUGCAGAGGGAUCUGGCGCCUAAAUGAAUCCUGGGACACGGGUUUCUGAGCAAGCCGCCUCUGCUGAUGGGUUAGUUACAGCUGCCGGGCUAUAAAGGAUGCCUCACUUGUCUGCUGAAGAAGAUGUCGAUCCUUCGGGGGCUGGGGACAAUGAUAGCCGCCUCCAGCGUCUGCUGCAGAAUGGCCAGUGCCAGGCCCCGGCGGGAGACCCGCCCUCGCCCCCCCUGACGAUCCUGGACAGGCUCCUGCUGACCCAGGGGCUCUGGCAGCUGCUCAGCCUGGGCCCGGAGCAAGCCACGGAGCUGCUGAGGAUGCAGCCGCCUGGGACGUUCCUGGUGACCGGCGCGGGGAGCGGGGAGCUCAAGGUGCUGUCGGUGCAGAGCAGCGGAGAGGGGCACCAAGCCGGAGCCGUCUGCCGUUUCCACAUCAAGGAGAGCGGCUCGGCUGUUUCCCUGGAAGGGUCCCAACUGCGUUUCCUGGGGCUCCUGGAACUGGUCGCCUUCCUCUCCGUGAGCAGGGACGUGCUGCCCCUCCCGCUGCGGCUCCCGGCCGCCUUGCAACACCUCGGCAGGGCCGAGCUGAACAGCUGUGCGGCCCUGGGCAUGAGGUUCUGGAGUCCUCCCUUUAAGCCGUCGGCCACAGGCGAGGAGGAGGAAGAGAACAUGGGGUCCAGCCCCGAGUCCCCCAACGCCCCGGAGAUGAGCGGCCCGGCCUGCUGCAUCCGGGUGACGUCAGAGGACGGGGCGCUCUUCAUCAUCAACCCUCUCUUCCUGUCGGAGCACAGCAGCGAGGGCUGGCUCCCCGCUGGGGUGCCGCCCCCGUUCCACCUGCCCGAGAGAGGGGGCACCAUCCGGCUGAAAAACGGGCAGGGCCCUGGCCUGUUGGACAAGCCGCCGGCGCCUGCCGACGCCGAGAUGGGCCAGUUGGGAGCCCUGGAGCCCGGGAAGGAGGGGGAGCCGGGCAAAGCAGGCGAUGCCCCACCGGCCUCGGUGAAACGGAAACUGCUACUACGCCGUCCGGCCUGGAACAUGUCGGAGGACCAGGUGUCCCCGCCGCCGACCGAGAGGCAGGAGGGCCCGGCCUCCCCGCACCGGGUCUCUUGGAUCGAGGGGGCCUUGGACGCCCCCUGGGCGCUGAAGAAGUCCCACUCGGAGUCCUCGCUGCUGGGCGCCCGGGACAGCCUGCUCCUGCCGCCCAUCCCCGAGCUGGACUCGCUGUCGGUCAGCAGCGUGGAAGAGGAGCCCGACGCCCACCCGGCCACGCCCCGCAAGAAGCACCAGUCAGCCGCGCUGUCAGGCCGGGUCCUGCACCGGCUGUCGGCCGUGGGCAGCGCCCUGACCAGCUUCCUCUCGGCCGAGCGCCGGCUGGCCAAGCGGGUCCAGGAGCUGACGCAGGAGCCGGCCUCCUACGUCGGGGGCCUGGUGCAGAACUUCGUGGGGCACGUGCUGCGGGGCGGGGCGGCCCGGCACCCCACCAGCACCGACCUGCUGCAGGAGAUCCGCCAGACGAUGAGCAGCCUCAAGGGCUACCUGUGCGAGAGCUCGGAGCUGCAGGACGCCUGGGAGUACGGGGACCUCGAGGACGUGGACCUGGGCUCCCUGGUGGAGACGGCCCUGUACAAGUGUGUCCUGAAGCCGCUGCGGGACUGCAUCUACGGCCAGCUCCUGGAGUUUCACAGCCGGGAUGGGAGUCUGCAGAAGCUGCGCGACCACCAGCUGACCAUGGGCCGCCAGAGCCUGGCGGAGCUGGGGGUGACGGCCAACGUCCCCGACGCCCCGGCCCUCGAGCGCAUCCAGGCCAAGCUGGUCCAGAUGCACCAGGCCUACUCGCCCAAGAAGAAGGAGGCCCAGCUGCUCAAGGCCUGCAAGCUGAUCUACGAGGCCAUGAACCACGGCACGGGUGGCAAGGAGGUCUACGGGGCGGACGACUUCCUGCCUGUCCUGACCUACGUCCUGGUGAAGUGCGACAUCGUCUCGGUGCAGCUGGACGUCGAGUACAUGAUGGAGCUGCUGGACCCCAGCCAGCUGCAGGGAGAAGGCGGCUACUACCUCACCACCUGGUUCGGGGCUCUUUACCACAUCAGCAACUUCCAGUCGGCCAUGGUGACCCGGCAAAUCAGCCUAGAAGCGCAGGACUCCAUCCACCAGUGGCAACGUCGGCGUACCAUCCACCACAACCAACACAGCCGGUGCCGCUCCCAGGACAUCCUCUACGUCUCCUUCCAAGAGCCCUUCGCGAACCAGAAGGCCAUCCCCGUCCCCGCCCACAUGACAGCGGCCUCAGUGUGUGUGGUCUGCGGCAAGAAAUAUGGCGUCCCCAACCCAGAGGCCUAUGGUCUUUUCCUGGUGACGGACAGCACCUCCCGGCUCCUGGCGGAGGACAGCCACCCCCAGCAGAUCCGCUCAGCAUCCCUCAAAUCCCACAGCGCCUCCAGCUGCUUUGUUUACAAGCUGAAAAGAGAGGAGCAGGAAGCCCCAUCUGAGGGCGACGGCCCGGCUCCUGCUCAGGAACCAAUAUAAGGCUGGGGGAGAGACGAUGCAAUCAGAGGCUGGCCGGAUGGGAGCGUCCAGUCUGUGCAGCCAAAGCCCAGUGACCUCAGGACUGAUGCCGGACUCUCCCCAGAGCCUCCCGGGUCCUAAUAUCUCAGGCCACCUGGGGAAAAAACAAACCCAAACUUCCCAAGGGUCGGAGCAAACGGGCGCUGGAGCGGCCAGCAGAAAGCGUGGAAGCCCCAUUGACUUAUAACUAGGAACGGCCAAAGCCCAGAGGAGCUGACUGGAGGGGACAGUCCUGCUGGGGCGGACGGGGCGUCCCUCAUCUCUGCAGGGCACAGCUUGGGGGAGUAGAUGUCCCAAGCUGGGAUGGCCUUUCCCUGUGUUGGAAUGCUACCAGCCUUGGGGCCGUGUUGGUCAUUUAGGCUCCCAGCUGCAGCCCAGGGCCGGGACGUGGAUGGCUCGGGAUGCUGCGGUCCGGAGCACAGGAACCGUUCUGCUCUAGCCAGCUGCCUGAGCAGGGGCGGGGUGGUCCCGUGCUGUACGGGUUUGGGAGGUUGCAGCCCAGUGGGAAAGGGGCAGGGGAAAACCAAGUCCAAUUUCCUCUCCGUGGCAGGGCUGGCAUGUAUCGCCCAAGGGGCACAGCGGUGGGGGAGCAGCUUGCCCUGAUGUCCCUGCAUCAGCUUCUGUCCCAAGGGCUGCACCUGACCUCCCCACACCCCAAAUCCAGAUGACUGUAACUAACCAGCCCUUUGGUUCCCCCCACAGUUCGAGGCUGUUCAAAUGUGCUGUGAGCUUUACCACUUCUCUCUAGGGCCAGGAACCCAACUCAUGGGAAUCCCUGCUUAAAGGGGAAGUGACCUUAAACUCCUCAACCUUCUGCCUACGUCAGGGACUAUAUAUUUAUAUGACCUUCCCCCCUGUAAAGGGAGGACUUUGGCCCGCUUGGUUACUCUUUCUUUAAAUAAAAAGAGAGAACCUCUGAAAA